UACUUUAAUGCUGGCAUUUGAACACAACACGGACUACACGGCGCGUGCGUUAUUUUGGGUUCGGCUGAACAAGGAAGUCGGUCACGUGCAAGCCUUUGCUGAACUUGGACUGCGUUUAAACGCAAGCUCUUCAAUCACCAUGGACUGGAUUGGAUUUGGCUAUGCUGCAGCCAUCUUGUUGGGAGGUUAUAUGGGAUACAAGAGAAAAGGCAGUGUCAUGUCUCUGAUGGCUGGCUUGGUCUUUGGUGGACUGUCUGCUUAUGGCGCCUACAACAUCUCCAACAAGCCCACUGAUAUCAAGGUGUUACUGCUCACUUCUGGGCUCCUUUCGCUGGUGAUGGGGACCAGGUACAAGAAGUCGGGCAAACUGGUGCCAGCUGGAAUUAUGACGAUUCUAAGGUCAGAAUUCAACUCUGAUGUGAUCCAUAAAAUACAUUUUUGUUGAUGGUGUUCCGACUUUUGCUCCUGAUGCUGGUGUGAUUGAAGAGGGGACGUGGACAAGCAGCUUCACAUGAUACAUGAUUCAGAGUUAGAUUUUGAUAACAUGAAUCAAACAUUUUUACUUUAUGACUACUUUGUUCGUAUGUUUAGGUUCUAGAGCAUCGUUGAAUCAUUUCUUUUUUUUAAACCAAUGUACCCUCAGAGGACCUUAAAAAAUUUAACCAUCCCCUGAUAGCAAAAAGGUUUGCGAGACCUGCUUUAAAACAUUGUUGGAAUUGUACAGGAAUCCAUAUUUGGAUUUUGGACAGAGGAGAAAAUGGUGAUCUGAGAUAAAUACUGUCUUAAAUUGUGUUUGUUACACCAGCAAAGGUAAAUAAAUGAUUGUUAUAUAAAUGA